CAUUUCCGGCGGCGGAAGAGGCGGACGGCUAGCGGCAGCUUCCGGCCGACGGUGUUGCUUGUUUUGCACGUGUGUCGCCCCUUUGGAAUUCCUGGAUUACCUUUGCUCUUGGCGAAUUUGUCUGGCCGGGAUUCCGUGCAGACUUAAGGAUGAAGGCUAGACGAAAUAAAAAACAGGUCCCAAGCUUUCGGAAAUUGCUAAAAACUAGUAAAGUCAAGCUUGAAAACAAACUAAAAAACAAACAACUUAAACAACAAAGCACUCAGAAGAAAUACCGAAAAGAACAGAGGAAACUAAGGCAAGCUGUAAAAGAUGCUGUGUCUAAGAAACCUAUUCCAUUGGAGGACCCAAAGAAAAAACAUCGAGGUAAAAGGAUUGAGAGGGAAGAGGAAGAAGAAGAGGAAGCCCUUCCUUUAGAUAUGAUGGAUGAAGAUGACUUACAGUUAAUGAAAGAUUUAGGACAAAGAGCAUCUUUUCUGACAAGAGAUCUUUCUUCUAGUGAGCCUGUUCACGCCAAGAAGCGAAAGCAUGAGCGUGUUAUUGAUAAAUAUGAAAAGAUACCAAGAACUCUGCAAACUGCAUCAGAGAAGGAACUGAUUCACUUGCUUCCUAUCAAAGAUAAAAGUGGCAUAAUCCCACAGACCAGAGAGAAGCCAGUUAUUGACAGUAACCAAGAUGAAGAAGAUCAAGAAGAAAUGGAACCUGAGGAAGAGAUCAUUGAAGAGCCCAUUAAAGAGCUGACUUUAGAAGAACAUUUAAUUGAAAGGAAGAAGAAACUACAGGAGAAGAAAAUGCAUAUUGCAGCUUUGGCAUCUGCCAUAUUAUCAGAUCCGGAAAGUAAUAUUAAAAAAUUGAAAGAAUUACGUUCCAUGCUGAUGGAACAGGAUCCUGAUGUGGCUGUCACUGUUCGAAAGCUGGUGGUAGUUUCUCUGAUGGAAUUAUUUAAAGACAUUACUCCAUCAUAUAAGAUACGGCCUCUUACAGAAGCAGAAAAAUCUACCAAGAUCCGCAAAGAAACCCAAAAAUUAAGAGAAUUUGAAGAAGGCCUGGUUAGCCAAUAUAAAUUUUAUUUGGAAAAUCUGGAGCAAAUGGUUAAAGACUGGAAGCAAAGGAAGGUGAAGAAAAGUAAUGUAGUUUCCUUAAAGGCCUACAAGGGACUGGCAGAGGUGGCUGUGAAGAGCUUGUGUGAGCUGUUGGUGGCUCUACCUCAUUUCAACUUCCACAACAACAUCAUUGUAUUGAUUGUCCCUCUCAUGAAUGACGUGUCAAAAUCGAUAUCUGAAAUGUGUUGCGAGGCAGUAAAGAAACUCUUUAAACAAGAUAAAUUAGGCCAAGCUUCCCUGGGCGUGAUUAAAGUGAUUUCUGGUUUUGUGAAGGGCAGAAAUUAUGAAGUUAGGCCAGAGAUGUUAAAAACAUUCCUGUGCCUAAGAAUCAAAGAAGUAGAAGUGAAAAAAGACACAGAAGAUAUUAAUAAACCAAAAAAGUUCAUGACUUUCAAGGAGAAGAGAAAAACUCUAUCAAGAAUGCAGAGAAAGUGGAAGAAAGCGGAAGAGAAACUAGAGAGAGAGCUUCGGGAGGCCGAAGCUUCAGAGAGUACUGAGAAAAAACUUAAACUGCACACCGAGACUUUGAAUAUCGUGUUUGUAACCUACUUCAGAAUAUUGAAGAAGGCCCAGAGGUCACCUCUCUUGCCAGCAGUCCUGGAAGGUCUUGCCAAGUUUGCUCACCUUAUAAAUGUGGAGUUUUUUGAUGACUUAUUAGUAGUUCUACAUUCUCUCAUUGAGUCUGGUGACCUAAGCUAUCAAGAAAGUCUUCACUGUGUUCAGACUGCUUUUCAUAUUCUUUCUGGGCAAGGUGAUGUACUGAAUAUUGAUCCAAUGAAAUUCUAUACACAUCUUUACAAAACACUGUUCAAGUUACAUGCAGGUGCUACAAAUGAAGGGGUUGAGAUCGUCCUUCAGUGCCUUGACGUCAUGCUGACUAAACGCAGAAAGCAGGUUUCUCAGCAGCGGGCCCUGGCCUUCAUCAAGCGCCUCUGUACCCUUGCUCUUCACGUGCUUCCAAAUUCAAGCAUUGGCAUUUUAGCAACUAACAGAAUAUUAAUGCAUACUUUCCCCAAAACAGAUCUGUUGCUUGAUAAUGAAUCGCAGGGAAGUGGAGUUUUCCUUCCUGAGCUGGAUGAACCUGAGUACUGUAAUGCUCAGAACACUGCACUUUGGGAAUUGCAUGCAUUGCGGCGACAUUACCACCCCAUAGUGCAGAGAUUUGCAGCUCACCUCAUCGCUGGAGCUCCUUCUGAAGGCUCAGAAGCACUCAAACCAGAGUUGAGCCGAAGGAUAAAGUUUUACAAGGGGAUUCAUUUUUGAAUGAAGAUUUAAAUCAGCUAAUCAAAAGAUAUUGCAAUGAAGAUGCUACUCCGUUGCCUCUGGAUUUCACCAAGUAUUUGGAAACAUCACAACGGUAGUAGAAGAAUGAGGAGUCAGUGGACUUUUUUGUAUAUUUUUGUGUUUGUGCAGAUGCACAUAAAGCUAUGUCAUUAAUUUAGGACCUUCUUGAGGAGGAAGAAUUUCCCUUUGCUUGGCACAGAGUUCUGCCAAUUGUGAAAAGAGGCACAGGAAAAUCAAGACCAUAAGAUUGCUUUUUAUCAUUCAGUGACUCUUUAUAACCAAAUAAACAUUUUUAUUGCAACACCACAAUGGAAAUAACAUUCUAAAUUUGGGUGUAUAUAAUUUUAUGAAGAUUUUUUGAGAAAAGGAAGAAUAGCUUGCAAUUGGAUACCAGGUUCUUUGACUCUUACUAGAUGGUAUGCUUCAAGAAGUAACCUAAUUUCAGAGUUCCUCUGUGGCUCAGCAGGUUUAAGGACCUGGUGGUGGUCCUGGAGAGGCUCUGAUCACUGCUCUGGUGCAGGUUUGAUCCCAAGGCCAGGAACUUCUGCAUGCUGCAGGAGCAGCAAAGAAAAGAAAAAGAAGUAAUCUAAUUUGGCCUAUGUGAAAAAGAAUGAGGGGCGUCAUGGCUACUGUCAAAGUCUGAGUGUGAUUCUAGUCUCUUCGAAGUUCUUUGCAUUUUCUGUCAUGCCCUGGAGGUUAAUGGGGGGGGGGGGGAAAGAAUUGCUCCCAGGUAGAAAAAAGUCUGAGACUUUACUAUUCUGUUUUAAGGAUAAACAGUACCCAGUGAGGGGCUUCUCCCACUGCCUUUUUUUUUUUUUUUUUUUUUUUUUUUGAGAUGAAAUGCCUAUUCUUAUGAAUACAUUUUAAAAGCAGUAUUUUAUCUAACAGCUAUUGUUUUAUUCUAGGAAUGGCCUAUGAAAUGUGUUUUAAUAACCAGGUUAUAAAUAUUCUCUACUGUGAAUAGUUGAACAAAACAGCUGUUUUUUUCUGCUUCCUGUUCUUCUGAUGUGAGAAUUUUAAGAAAUGCAUAGCAGUCCAACUAAAUCUCAUAUUUCUUGGGAGAAAAUAGCUUCAAAUGAUGCAACUGACAAGGACUUAAUCUCUAAAAUAUACAAACAACUUAUACAACUCAACAGCAAAAAAGCCAACAAGCGAGUUGAAAAAUGGGCAAAAGACCUGAAUAGACAUUUCUUCAAGGAAGAUGUACAGAUGGCCAACAAGCACAUGAAAAAAUACUGAACAUCACUGAUUGUUGGAGAAAUGCAAAUCAAAACCACUAUGGGAUACCACCUCACACCAGUCAGAAUGGCCAUCAUGAAUAAGUCCACAAAUGACAAAUGCUGGGAGAGAGUGUGGAGAAAAGGGGACCCUCCUACACUGUUGGUGGGGAUGUAAAUUGGUAAAACCACCAUGGAAAACAGUAUGGAGGUUCCUCAGAAAACUAAAUACAGAAUUACCAUAUGAUCCAGCAGUCCCACUCUUGGGCAUAUACCCAGACAAAACUUUCCUUGAAAAAUACACAUGCACCCGUAUGUUCAUUGCAGCACCAUUUACAAUAGCCGAGACAUGGAAACAACCUAAAUGUCCAUUGACAGACAAAUGGAUUAAGAAGAUGUGGUACAUAUGUGGUACAUAAUGGAAUACUACUCAGCCAUAAAAAAGAAAAAUAAUGCCAUUUGCAGCAACAUGGAUGGAACUAGAGACUAUCAUAUUAAGUAAGUCAGAGAAAGACAAAUACCAUAUGGUAUCACAUAUCUGGAAUAGAAUAUAUGACACAAGUGAACCUUUCCACAGAAAAGAAACUCAUAGGAGAACAGACAUAUGGUUGCCAAGGGGGGGAGGGGGAAAGGAGUGGGAUGGACUGGGAAUCUGGGGUUAAUAGAUGCAAACUAUUGCGUUUGGAAUGGAUAAGCAGUGAGAUCCUGCCGUAUAGCACUGGGAACUGUGGUCACUUGUGAUGGAGCAUGAUGGAAGAUGGUGUGUGUGACUGGGUCACUUUGCCGGACGGUAGAAGAUUGACAGAGCACUGUAAACCAGCUAUAAUGGAAAAAAAAAAAAUCAUUUGAAAAAAAUAAAUCUCCUAUUUCUUCAAAAUUAUAGAAGCUAAAUAUUUUAGUUUAGUGCUUAAAGUUUUUUUUUCCUUGUGAAAUAAAAUAGUUUAUCAUUUCCAGCAGAAUGAUGAACAUCAGCUUAAUAGUGCAUGUUAAUCUUUUAGCAUAUUAUAUAUGAUUUUUUAGUGUUUCUAAGGUCAGUUUUUUAGGCUUGAUUAUUUAAUGGUGAGAAAUGUGUUAUUCAGCAUAAAAUAUUUGCUUUUAACCCAUUUUCUAGAUAUCAGAGUCCAAGAAUGUUAUGAAUAUUUGUUAAGAUGACCAAGGGGUCUUUCCCCUUUGGAGUAUGAGUGACCAAUACAUGUCACAAAGCAUUUAUUUUCCAAACAUAUACAAAUACAUUUAUAGUUCACUUUGGCAGCAGAAACUACAGGCAAAAAAUCAAUUUUGAGAGAAAUUCAUCAGCUAUUUCACACUUGUAUUAUGCUUUUAAUCUUGUUACAUAUAUAGAGACUCACAGUGGGACCAUAAAAUUAUACAUCUAGAAUUUGAAUAGCCUCUAUGAAUCUGAGGAUGAAACAGAUUUAUGCACUAACUUCUAUAACUUUGUAUUGAUGAGUUUCACUUUCAGAGCUAAAUAUCAUAGUCAUUAAUAAUAACACACAACACACACCCUGAGGCUAUAAUAAGCUACAGCCCUAACAGUUUUUAACUAAAUAGUGAGCACCUACUAUGGGCUUAGCACUGUGCUAGGCACUUACAAGUAAAGUGAAGUAGUAAGAUGCAGCCUCAGUCUUCUAUGUGCUUACAUGCCAAGUCAGAUCAUUCACACUUUUUUUUUUUAAUGUGACACUACCCAAUUCAACGUCAGAGUGAGUUGUUUCAAAUUUCAGGGACCUGUAUCAUCUGAAAUAUGGAGGGUUUCAGAGGCCUGCCUAUUGGCAGACUUGAGCAUAGUAUGUUUUGGAUCUGUGAUUUGUAUACAAACAGCUUGAUAAUCAUCAAGAUUCAGUAUUUCUUAUCAAAAUCCUUAGGCAAGCAUUGCAUUUAGGAAGUUGAUAAGAGAUGACAGAGACCAUAUAAAUUGUUAACAAUGGGAGUUCCCACCAUGGCAUAGUGGUUAAUAAUCUGACUGGGGUGGCUCAGGGUCGCUCCGGAGUUGCAGGUUUGAUUCCUGGCCUGGUGCAGUGGGUUAAAGGAUUCAGCAAUGCUGCAGCUGUCGCAUACAUCGCAGCUGCAGCUGUCGCAUACACUGCAGCCGCAGCUCGGAGUUAAUCCCUGGCUGCAUGUGUGACAGGUGCAGCCAUAAAGUGGAAAAAACAAAACAAUGUAAUAUAUCAUAGAAAUGUUGACCCAGGUAUGGGCUUUGAGUAAGAGGCAAUCUCCUUUUCUAAUAACUUUUUGGAGGGCCCAGGUAUUCACCUCUUCUUGCCCUGCUGCUGAUGUGAGAGAAGCAACUGAGAGCUCUUUCCCCACAGGCUGCCUUUCACUAUGCCAAGUUUUAGAUCAGACACCAGCCAGGAAAAUCACCCUACUUACUGGCAUGGGGACAGUUGUAGAGCUUUGUGAUUUGGUUAAUUCAGUUUUAAUCACACCAGUAUGAGAGUUCUGAUUACUUUUCAGAAUUAAGCAAGACCUGUGAGGAUCUGGGCACAGGAGGAGAGGUGUAUAGAUAUAUUGGAAAGGGAGAGAACAGGAAAGGGAAGAUGUUUUUAAAAAAGAAUACAUAUGGAGCCAUAGUUGAGGCUUUCUAUCAUUAAUGAGCCUCCAGUGUCUCCAGGGCCAUUACGAUGGGAAACCUCUGGAGUUCUGUGGUGCAGUGGGUUAAGGAUCCAGCUUUGUCACUGCAGGGGCAGUUUCAAUCCCCCACAUCACAUGCCACAGAUGAUGCAGCCACCCCCCCAACCCCAAAAAGGGCUUUCUGUCACUAUUGUGAUGUCUUCCCUAGAACAAACAAAUUUACUCAUUAGCUUAAUUUCAAUAGAUGUUACCAACGCUUAGUAAAAAAACUAAAAAUUAUUGAAUAUUAAAAAAGGGGAGAACUAUAUAUGGAAGUAAAUGUGACUAAAAAACAAGGCAUCAGUACCUCACUUUUGUUAGGUCUGGACUCUGUAUUACCUGCCAACUGGAGAAUUUAUAAAUAACUUACUUGUUGAAUGACAUGAAAAGAGGCAUUCCCUUUAAGACAGCACUUUCUGCCCCAAUAAUGUUCCUUCCUUCGGAUUUAUCCUCAGACUUACACUCAAUUCCUUCACACCCUUACAUAAACUUACAUUAGUUUGCAAAACAGCCAAUUCCAGAUGAGGUGACUGAGAAAAUUAAUCUUUCUUCCAGCAUCACACAUCAUAUAGGAUUGUUAUUCAGAUCCUUUCUUGCCAGCUAUCAUUACCUUAAAAGUUGACAACUAACAGAGUGACAAUUCAUGCUCCUUUUUGUUUUUAGUGAAGCAUCUUAAAAUACUUUUCCUCAAAAUUUUGUAAUAAAGCCAGCUUGCAUAUUUAGAUUCUUUUCCUUAUCAACUUCACUAAUGAAAAUGUGCCACCCAGAUUUUUAGUAGUCUGAAAAGUAUAAUGUAAUGACUAUAGUCUGGGUAGCUAUUUUAUUUUUUUUUUUAAUUUGCCUUUUUGGUUUUUUAGGGCUGAAACCACAGCAUAUGGAGGGUCCCAGGUUAGGGGUCUAAUUGGAGCUGUACCUGCCAGGCUACAUCAGAGCCACAGCAACCCCAGAUCUGAACCGCGUCUGUGACCUACACCACAGCUCACAGCAAUGCUGGAUCCUUAACCUACUGAGCGAGGCCAGGGGUCAAACCCACAACCUCAUGGUUCCUAGUCGGAUUUGUUUCCUCUGCGCCACGAUGGGAACUCCUGGGUGGCUAUUUCAGAUGUAUUAUAAACAAUAGGAUAAUUUCAUUUGGUAUACUGAUACAGCUGUAUAAUUCAGAGAAAAUCUGUCAAGAUUUCCUACUUUGGGCAAACACCAGGUUGUGCUGAUUAGUCAUAAUAGUAAAGUAAAUCCUGGAGUUCCCGUCAUGGCUCAGUGAGUGGUUAAUGAACCCGACUAGCAUCCAUGAGGACGUGGGUUUGAUCCCUGGUCUCGUUCGGUGGGUUAAGGAUCUGGCAUUGCCAUGAGCUAUGGCGUAAGUUGCAGAUACAGCUCGGAUCCUGCAUUGCUGUGGCUGUGGCUUGGGCUGGUGGCUACUGCUCAGAUUAGACCCCUCACCUGAGAACCUCUGUAUGCCGUGGGUGCAGCCCUAGAAAGACCAAAAAAAAAAAAAAAAAAAAAAAAAAAAAAAAAAAA